CUUUGUCGCAAUCCAUCCCGAUCUCCGCCGGGCGCAUGCUGUGGCAUUGUGGGCGUUAUGAACAUAAUGCGAGCGGAGUAAAUUACGGUGAGACACAGGACCAAGCAGCACUCAAUUACAUUUCAAUGUAAGAUCAUCUGAAGCAAGACCACACUGUUUCUAUGGCGACGUCCUGCGGCUUGAGGAGCGCCAUGGGUGUAAACAAAUGUUUCAGCUUACUUUGGCUCACUCUCGGCACACAAGUGUACUGCUAUGCUGGUCCUCGGGCUCACGCUGAGGAGAAAUUGCUGCAGGAUCUGUUUGUGCGUUACAACAAGCUCUCCAGGCCUGUGGAAAACUCAUCAGACACAGUGUUGGUCCACUUUGGUCUUUCUAUUGCUCAGCUUAUAGAUGUGGAUGAGAAGAACCAGAUGAUGACUACGAAUGUCUGGGUCAAGCAAGAAUGGAACGAUUACAAGCUGCGCUGGAACCCGGAGGAAUACGAGAACGUUACCUCCAUCCGUAUUCCCUCAGAGAUCAUUUGGAGGCCCGACAUCGUCCUUUACAACAAUGCUGAUGGUGACUUUGCAGUCACCCACCUAACCAAGGCGCAUCUAUUCCACGACGGACGGAUCAAGUGGAUGCCACCAGCCAUCUACAAGUCUUCGUGCAGCAUCGACGUCACCUUUUUCCCCUUUGACCAACAAAGUUGCAAGAUGAAGUUUGGCUCCUGGACCUACGACCGAGCCAAGAUCGACCUUAUCAGCAUGGCCAGCGACGUGGAUCAGAUGGACUACUGGGAGAGCGGCGAGUGGGUUAUUAUGAAUGCCGUGGGCAAGUACAACACCAAAAAGUACGAGUGCUGCACUGAGAUCUACGCAGACAUCACGUACUACUUCAUCAUCCGAAGGCUCCCGUUGUUCUACACCAUUAAUCUUAUCAUUCCCUGUCUCCUUAUCUCCUGUUUGACUGUGCUGGUGUUUUAUUUACCGUCCCAAUGCGGAGAGAAGAUCACCUUGUGUAUUUCCGUUUUAUUGUCCCUAACCGUGUUCCUGCUGUUGAUCACAGAGAUAAUACCGUCCACAUCCUUGGUGAUUCCACUCAUUGGCGAAUACCUGCUGUUCACCAUGGUCUUUGUCACACUUUCAAUUAUAAUUACAGUCUUUGUUUUGAACGUCCACCACCGAUCACCUCAAACCCACGGAAUGCCUCAUUGGGUGCGAAGGGUCUUUUUGGACAUGGUGCCCCGGGUCCUUUUCAUGAAGCGGCCACCCGGCACGGCCAAGCAACACUGCAAGAAGUUGAUUGAAAUGAUGCACCGCCCAACCAUAAUAUCAGCAACGGGCAACUCCCAGACCUUUUGGAUGGGUUUAGAAACAGGGCUGACCCAAACAAUGCAGGACGAGAAAAGCCUCCCAAAAACUCCACUCGACAGCCCAAACAUCCGCGUCUGCUCCCCGUCUCCAUCCUCCACCCCUCUCAAGGAAGUCAACCAGGAAGAUCCCCCGGUUAAGGCCAAUAUUUUCUACCAGUCACCCACUAAACAGUAUUCAGGUCUGCAACGAGGACAAAACUCCUCCAUUUUGUCUUCUUCUCAACUUUCCUUACCCCCAACUUUGCCUCUCGGGCCCCUUCGCAACCUUUCCAACGAAGACGUGAAUAAAUUGUUCUUAAAUGGCCGCUCGCUCAGCGUGGAGCAAAUGUGUGACCUGCAGAGGGAGCUUCCCCAGAGAGCUGCACGACGGUGUCACUCGGGCGGCUAUCAGUCCUGCUGCCUGCACAACGACUGGCCGGAGAAAUGGACUGGGACUGCAGACCAAACAAAACAACGAGUCUCGACAAACUGCCUUACAGAUACCAUCAAAGCAGAGCCUGCUAAAGACCCAAGAAGCCAACAAGAAGCUGUGAUCCAUCGCUUGUCUCCUGCUAUGCAACGAGCCAUUGAGGGGGUUCAAUACAUAGCUGAUCAUCUCAGGGCAGAGGACGACGACUUCUCAGUGAAAGAGGACUGGAAGUACGUCGCCAUGGUUAUCGACAGAAUAUUCCUCUGGAUGUUUGUACUUGUGUGUAUACUGGGAUCAGUGGGACUCUUUCUCCCCCCUUGGCUGGCUGGAAUGAUCUGAAAUCUCCCCGCCCAAGAAAAGAGAAGACGGUUAUUUAACCUGUUUUUUUUGUAUUUUUUGUCCAAGGAGCUUCAAAUGUUUUGUCCCAGAUUAACAUCAAGUCUAUGGACAAGGUGAGGCGUCUAUAAUCAAUUCCUGGGAGCACAUAAAUACUUUAUGAGGGAGUGAAAACACCCCUUUGUACUUCUCUGUUUUGACAUUGAGCUUUGCAUCUCUAACUACUACUGCCUCCGUAACUUGAAUGUCACUUGGCAGGGUGCAGACCUCCUCCAAGGUUGAACAUUCCUAAUUUUGAUCACCUUCAUAGAGGCACACUUACUUGUAUCUGCCUAAAUGUAUCAUUAGGAUUGGUGCGUUAUUCACUGACAAGUCAAGGUAGCUAUUGAAAUCGCUUGCAUUUACAGAUGGGAAAAAUAAUAUUAGUAAACUUUUCUCUAUAUUUUUGGGUGUUAAAUCUGUCCUCAUUUUUCAUAAUAAUAA